GGCGACCGAGUCCAGGCAGGGAGUGUACCAGUCUCCACUUAGCUUGGUAGCUCGAUAGCAUCGACGCUAUGCUCAACGACAGCGAGCUGGCCACGCUGCGCAACAGGUUUAAGAGAGAUGCGGAGUUCCUCAUGCAAACAGCGACAGCGGGUGACGAAGAUGAAAAGAGUCAGGAGGAAAAAGAUGCCAAGCCUCUCCCUCGCCUCAACAGACACUCCAUUUUCUGGAUCGUAGCAUCUAUAGGUGUGACCUACUACGUGGAUUUCCUCCGCAACAUCAUGGAGAACGACGAUAUCAAAAGUUGGUGGUUCAAUGUGGGCCUGGUGCUCCUUGGGGUCUGCCUGUCUCUGGCCAUGUUUUGCAUUGUGUACCUGGAGUGGUUCAAAGGCAUCCUGCACUAUGACCAAGAAUACCCUGCCAUCCCUCCCCUCACCACCGCAGCCUUUAUUGCUGCAUCAUGCAGCUUCAACAUAGCACUGUGGCCUGUGUGGUCCUUCUUCACGCCACUCAUCCUCUUCACACAGUUCAUGGGCGUGGUCAUGCUCAUCUCUCUGCUUGGAUGAAUGUGACGGCCGAGCUGGGGAAUGACACAACGCUGAGUUUUGUCUUUAUAGUUUUUUCUCCAUUGCUCACGCCACGUGUGAGUAACAUACAUGAGCAUGUAGACAAUGAGCCGACAGGUCGACUUGUUGGAGAAAGCACAGGUGUUAGCAAUAGCAUUAAAAUGUCUCUGUUCAUUCAAGUGAACCAGCGAGCCAUGACACUGAUACCGUAUAAUGUAACUAAAAAUGGAAUUUAGCCAUAGAUAAUUAAAUCAUGCUCACCUGUGCUUUUCCUACAGAGACAUGUCAUAGGGUAUUAAAUGUGCCGGUUGUGCUCAUCUGUUGACACGUGCGCACCGGAGAAAACAUUUUCAACCGCUGUUGAAACGGCAGUUUGUGGUGAGGUACUGUGUGUAAAGAUGUCUGCGCAUAUCCUGUGAAAUGUUUUUGUCUUUAAUAAAAGUUUUAUAACUAAUUUCAA